GGAAAAAGCUACCUUUGAAAGUGAUAACAAUAAUUCAAAAUAACUUGUUUGUCUAUUACAAAAGAUACUGGUUUUAUAAAAGCAGAACUGACCACAAUCUCAUGGCACAUAACCUUUUGUCUAUAUACAUUUAAGUAUCUCUCCUUUUUAAUUUCUUCAAACCUAAAAUGAAGCUUCAUCAACAUACUAUACAUGCUUACUCUUAUUCUAUGUAUAUUCAAGUAAUCGUUCUAUUUUUUAUAAUCUUUCUGUGGUUACAACUGGUCACUCCUGCCAUUGCAUUGGGAAGUGAAGAAAACGAUCAUUUAGCUCUUCUUGAAAUCAAGAAAGGGAUUGGAAGUGAUCCUUUUGGCGUGUUAAGCUCAUGGAAUGAUUCUACCAACUUCUGCAACUGGGUAGGAGUUACUUGCAGCCGUCGACAUAAAAGAGUUACUGCAUUGGAGCUUUAUAGCUAUAAGUUGAAGGGGUCCAUAUCACCACACAUUGGCAAUCUCAGCUUUAUGAAGCUCAUAGAUCUCAGCAACAAUAGCUUCUCUGGUGAAAUCCCAAUACAAGUUGGAAGGUUGUUCAGGCUCCAAUAUUUCUACCUUACAAAUAACACAUUUACAGGAGAAAUUCCAGCUCAAUUGUCCAACUGUUCUCAGUUAAGGGAAAUAGACUUUUCAAGGAACAAACUUGUUGGUAGAAUACCUUAUGAACUUGGCUUCUUUGCCAAGCUUGAAUUGCUUCAGCUUGGAGCAAACAAUUUGACUGGAACCAUCCCAACUUCAGUUGGAAAUCUUUCUUCUCUUGUGCAUCUCUCUGUCCCAUACAACAACUUACAUGGAAGAAUUCCUCAAGGUAUUGGCAAUUUGAAGAGUUUAUCAAUUUUUGCAGUUGGGGCUAACAAAUUCUCUGGUGAGUUACCUUCUUCCUUUUACAAUUUGUCAGCACUCACUAUAAUCUCCACAGCAAGUAACAACUUCAAUGGAACCCUUCCAGCCAAUAUAGGUCUUACACUUCCUAAUCUUAAAUGGUUGGCCAUUUCUAACAAUGAAUUCUCUGGUCCAAUCCCAAUUUCAUUAUCCAAUGCUUCAAAACUUGAAGCUGUUGUUCUCUCCACCAACAAUUUUGUUGGAGUAGUUCCAAGUGAUUUGGGAAAACUUAUAGAUGUCUGGUGGCUUGGUUUUGGUACUAACAAUUUAGGAAGCAAUUCAUCCCAUGACUUGAAUUUCUUAACAUCUUUGAAAAACCUUACCCAAAUUCAAAUUCUAGAUUUCAGUGACAACCAAUUUGGAGGUGUUUUGCCAUCCACCAUAGCCAACUUGUCAACUAGCACACUCACUAAUCUGUACCUUGGUGGUAAUCAAAUCUCAGGACCUAUCCCUCCCAUAUUAGAGAAGUACACCAACUUACAAGUUUUGGAUAUGGCGCGUAACCUCUUUGUAGGCACCAUUCCUUCUAGUUUUGGUAUGUUCAGAAACAUGCAAGGAAUGGACCUUAGAAGAAACAAAUUAUUUGGCCAAAUUCCCUCUUCCUUUGGAAACCUCACUCAAUUGAUUGAACUCUAUUUGUCAGAAAACAAGUUACAUGGAAGAAUUCCACCAAGUAUUGGAAACUGCAAAAAAUUGCAAUACUUGGACAUCUCUCAGAAUAACCUCACUGGAGCCAUACCUAAGGAAGUUACUGAUCUUUCUUCACUCUCAUUGUUAUUGAAUCUCUCUCAUAAUUCCUUAACUGGAAGUCUUCCAUUAGAAGUUGGUAAUUUGAAAAACAUUAAUCAACUAGAUUUCUCUGAAAACAGUCUUUCAGGAGAGAUUCCCACAACCAUUGGAGAGUGCCUGAGCCUUGAGUACCUUAACCUGCAAGGUAAUUCUUUUCAAGGAGUUAUACCUUCAUCUUUGGAUUCAUUGAAAGGCCUAAGAUAUUUAGAUCUCUCCCUUAAUCAUUUAUCAGGAAAUAUUCCAAAAAGUCUACAAACUCUUCCCUUUUUAGUUUAUUUCAAUCUUUCAUUCAACAACUUGGAGGGUGAGGUGCCAACAGAAGGAGUUUUUAAGAAUGCAAGUGCGAUAUCAAUUCUUAGAAAUGGUAAGCUUUGUGGGGGUAUCACACAAUUAGAAUUGCCAGCAUGUAGCAAGGUUAGUGGAAGAAAAAUGGGAUUAUCUCAUGCAAUGAAAUUAGUAAUCAUAAUUAGCUGUGCUAGUUUAGGCUUACUUAUGUUGUUCUUUCUCGCAUUGCAUUUUUGGAGAAAUUCAAAAAGCAAACCAUCUUCAAUUCUCUCAACAAAAGAAUGGGACCCCAAUCACCUCUCCAAAGUUUCAUAUAAAAUGCUCCACAAAGGAACUUCAGGAUUCUCUCCAAGCAAUUUGAUUGGUUCUGGUAGUUUUGGCUCAGUUUUUAAAUGAACUUUGGAUGAAGAUGAAAGGUUAGUUGCUAUAAAGGUUUUCAACCUUCAACGGAAUGGAGCUUCGAAAAGUUUCAUGUCUGAAUGUAUGGCACUGAAAAAUAUUAGGCAUCGAAAUUUGGUGAAGAUCAUAACAUCAUGCUCCAGCCUGGACUACCACGGUAAUGAAUUUAAAGCUCUAGUCUUUGAGUUCAUGGUGAAUUCAAGCUUGGAGGAGUGGCUGCAUCUGAAGAUAAAUGGUGAAUAUUGUUCAAGAAACUUGAACUUUCUCCAAAGACUAAAUGUUGCUAUUGAUGUUGCUUCUGCAUUACAGUAUCUUCACUUCGAAUGCGAACCUCCAAUCAUCCACUGUGAUUUAAAGCCAAGCAAUAUUCUUCUUGAUGAUGAUAUGGUUGCUCAUGUUGGAGACUUUGGCAUAGCGAGAAUUCUCUCAACCACAAAUGGUAUUCCUCAAAAUCAAGCUAGUAGCACAAUUGGCUUAAAGGGAUCUAUUGGCUAUGCUGCACCAGAGUAUGGAAUGGGAGGAAAGGCAUCAAUCCAAGGGGAUGUGUAUAGCUAUGGAAUUCUUUUGCUGGAAAUGUUCACAGGAAAGAGGCCCACAGAUGAAACCUUUAGAGAGGGCUUGAAUAUUCACCAAUAUGCAAAGAUGGCCGUACCAGAAAGACUAAUGCAGCUUGUGGAUCCAAGCCUUCUUCAAAGCGAAGUAGAGGUAACAACAUCAGCAAUAGUAGAAGAAAAUAUGGAAAAAAAGAAAGAGAAAUUAGAAUUUGACAUCGAAGAAGGUCUUGACAAAAUGAACGAGAAUGUGAAAAAGUGCUUACAUUCUGUUCUAAAAAUAGGACUUGCCUGCUCUGUGGAAUCACCAAAAGAAAGAAUGAACAUGGGAGAAGUGAUUAAGGAACUACGUUGGGUUAAGAAUACAUUUCCUUAGUAUAGAGAAAUGUCAAGAUAACAUGGUUUUAAGGCACAAAUACUUCAAGAGCUCGUUUGGUAGGUCGUAUAAAAGUCGUAUUGUAUUAAAUAACAAGUAACACUACGUUUGAAUAAAAUAUUGUAUUGUAUCAAUUAUUACGACCAUAAUUUUUAAGAAAAUCACUUUC